AUGUACAAUGGAAAUGAAGAUACUAGUGCAAUAUCAGUGAAAACAGUAAUGGGCAGAAUCAGACAUUUCUUGGAAUUUGACCAAAUCCUGGUACCACCAACACUGGAAAAAUUUCUAGACCCGUCAGGAAAAUCUCCCAAAAAACACAAAGAGCACAGAAACUCUACAAAAAAGUUCGCAGAUAAUACAGUCCGUCCAGGUUACAGUCCAGAUUCACAGUUUGCUUGCCGACAUUGCGGAAAACGGUACAAAUGGAAGUCAACGAUGAGGAGGCACGAACAAGAUGAAUGCGGCGAUCAAGAGCCUAAAUUUCAGUGCCCUUUUUGUCCGUACAAAGCCAAACAAAAAGGGAAUUUAAGAGUGCAUAUUAAAAAGCACCAUCCGAUUGGUUCUGCUGCAGCCGCUUUUGUUCAAGAAGAAAAGUCUGAUAUAAACCAAAACGUUCAAAAUUGA